AUGCAGGAAGAAACCACAGUUUGGGUUCUAAAGGAAACUUUUAACUUCUCACAAUUUAUAAUCUCGCUUGAUACUCGUAGUGCGUUGGUCUCUGAUGCUUUUUUGAAGACUUUCGGCUCUAUAGUUGACAUGUGGAUGUCUCUAAUUAUUUCAUUAAUCGGUGUCUUCGGCAAUAUUAUCACAUUGGUCGUGUUCUACCGGCUAGGCUUCAGGGACACGGUGAAUAUCACCAUGGGCGCAAUCACAGCCUGGGACUUGGUGCGGGUACUGUGUGGAUCCGUGCACCGUCUGUAUGGUCCGGUGUCACUUGUGUCGGAGGCUGUCGGGGUGUCCUGGAAAAACGUCACGCUGAUCAAUAUUGUCUACAUGCACAUCGUGGCCGGCAACGUCUCCUACGUCAUCGGGGGUUAUGUUGCUCUGGAGAGAUGCCUUUGUGUCAGCUUCCCUUUCAAGGUCAAGUCGAUCAUCACCCCGAGGCUGACGAUGGCGGUGUGUUUGACCAUUUCCAUUUCAGUCUUCGCUUCACAGUUUCCCAUAUUUUUUGUGUUUGAGUACACAUGGGUGUACAGUCAACUGUAUGGGCAGGACGUUGCCAUCUACCAGUACACCCAUUUCUACAGCGUUCAUGGUCAGAAGUUCAUGGAGUCUUACCGGUACUUCAGCUUCCUGUACCCGCUUCUCAGUCUUUCAUUCAUGGUAGUCAGCACCGUCAUCAUCUCAUACCACCUCCAGAAAGCCUCGGACUUCCGAAACAAGGUAUCAGCAGCCACCAAACACCAAGAUGGCACUCGCUCAGAACUUUCCACUAGAGAUAGACAAGUCGUGAAAAUGCUCUUGACAGUAAUAGCCCUCUACAUGAUCGUCUUGGUACCAAGGGUGGCGCAAUUCAUAGCCAUUAUUUGCGAGGCUGAGUUCUUCGUGCUCAGAUUUUACAACAACCUAUUCUGGGUCAUCUCAAACUCUGUCUCCUUCCUUGACAUCCUCAACUCCACGUGCAAUCUCUUCAUCUUCUACAGCAUGAGCUCCAGGUUCCGGUAUUGUGCGAGGUCAAUGGCCAGACACUUCCUGUGCUGCACGGCGUCACCUAAGUCAAGCAAGACAACUCGCGAUACAACGUAG